AUGGAAAAUUUGAUUGGGAGUGAUGAUGAUAAUGCAGAGUAUGAAGGGGAUGGAGAAUCUGAAGAGGGUAAUCAAGAGUAUGAAGAGGAUGAUGAAUCUCAAGAAAGUGAUCCAAAUUUUGAAGAGUAUGAUGAAUCUGAAAAUAGUGAUCCAGAGUAUGAAGAAGAUGAGAGACAAAUAGAAGAUGAAGAUCAUAUGGAUGACAUAAUGGAUGUUGACAACAAUAUACAGGAUGUGGAUGUGGACAUGGGAGACUUCACUCUCAAUGUUGAAAGUGAUGUGGAAGGUUCUUGUAUAAAUGUUGUUCAUGGGCAUGAACCUGAAGAUAUGGAAGUGAUUAACAAUGAGGAAUUUGAAUCUUUGGAUGAAGGAUCCGACCAAGACAGAGAGAGAAGAGCUCUUAUCAAGAAUUUGAGAAAAGAAAAAAGGUGCAGUCUUGGGGUAGUACAUAAACAAUCUUUUUCAGUUGGAGAUAAAUUUAAUAGUAAAAAAGAAUUAAAGGAGGCAAUUGAUCUGCAUGCACUAGAAUCAAGAAGGAAUCUUUUCUUUAAAAAAAAUGACAAUGUAAGGCUUAGGGCACAGUGUAGAGGUGUUGUACCUGUCACCAAUAAAGGCCAAGUGGGUAGUCAAGCUACCACUUCAAAAAGAAAGGGUAAAGAAUUAAAGACACAAAAAGUAACAUGUGGUUGGUACAUUCAUGCAUCUAGGUCAAAUCCUGAAUCCGACUGGUUUAUAAGGACCUUAAACCAAACUCACACAUGUUUGCAAACAAGGAAACUCAGGGCUUGUACUGCUUCUUUAAUCAGCAAGAAAAUCUUUGAUCAAGUUGAGGCGAAUCCAGAUAUACCUUUGAGAGCUAUACAAGAUCACUUUCAAAAGACCUACCAAGUGGGUGUUAGUAUGGACAAGGUGUUCAGGGCAAAGGAUAAGGCAAGAAAGCAUGUAACUGGUGACUACACAAAGCAGUAUGAACUGUUGAGGGACUAUGUUCUCGAACUUCAAGCCACCAACCCAGACACCACAGUGAAAAUAGAUGUAUGUUCUGAGCCUAACCCUGAUUCCCCAACUAGGCAGUUUAGAAGAAUUUAUGUGUGCUUGGGUCCACUGAAAAAAGGGUUCAAGGCAUGCCUUAGGGACUUAUUAGGUUUUGAUGGUGCCUUCAUGAAAGGACCAUUCCCUGGGCAAGUCCUUUCAGCAGUUGGUCUUGAUUCCAAUAAUGGAAUUUACCCAUUAGCAUAUGGGAUUGUUGAGUCUGAAAACACAGAAAGCUGGAAAUGGUUUUUAGAUAACCUUGGGGAUGACUUGGACCUUGGAAGAAACUCAAAUUUUACUUUCAUAAGUGACAGGCAAAAGGGUUUACAUACUGCAGUUGAGCAAAUUUUUCCCAAUGCUGAGCAUAGAUAUUGUAUCAGACAUAUUCAUGACAAUAUGAGGAAAAGAUGGAGGCAAACAGAGUACAGGGACCACUUAUGGAGGUGUGCAUCAGCUACCACCAUUCCUGAGUUUGAACAUUUGAUGAAGGAGUUUAGUCAGUAUGAUAAGGAGGCAUGUGAAUGGUUGAAGCAAAUUCCUCCUAAACAUUGGGCAAGGAGUCAUUUUUCAGGAAGAGCAGUUUCUGAUGUGUUGAUAUCAAACAUGUGUGAAGUGUUUAAUGGGAAGAUAGAGAAAGGAAGGAUAAACCUGUCAUUGGAUGUUUAGAAUUCAUAAGGGAGUAUCUAAUGAAGAGGAUAUGCAAUGUCAUGAAGGAAAUGAA